AGCUGACAGCAGUGCUUUUUCUGGGAUGUAGACACGAUGAUCGCAACUUCCUGUGACCAGCUAUCACUUGCAUUCUCCCCACAUCUUGUCUGCUGCCUCCACACUGUUUCGCCCCAACUCUAGUUCCACGUUUUUUGACAUGACGCCAGCACUCCUCUGGGAUGACGCUCUGGACUUUGGGCGGCUAGUCGCUGCUCAAUACCCUACAUCAAGACGCGGCAACUCUCCCACAAUCGCCGAAUUCCACGCUGCAGCAUAUUCGCGGGAAGGCGAUCUCGUUCAAGAUGUCGUGCAGCAUUUACGGAUAUCCGGAUGCUGUCUGGUUCGACGGAUGUGCUCUGAAGGAACGCUGAACGCAAUGGAAGAAGAGAUUCGACCAUACAUUGCCGCAACACGCAAGGCUGAGACCAAGCAAGACGCGAUUAAUCUUCCGUCGAUAGAAACAGUAACUGGCCUCCUAAGCAAGUCUCGCACCUAUGCUUCGUCAGUGGCGGGUAACAAGGUCUGGCAUGGUAUCUGCGAGUACUUUCUGGCGAGCCAACCAACAAAGUCCCGGCAAGGAGAAGAAACUCAUAGUAGCGCAAGUCCUCCAGAGUUGAGUUCCACAAUGGCCUUCUCUGCCGGACCGGGGACCAGAGCACAAGAUGUUCAUCGAGGCGACAACACACACCACGUGCAACGUCCCGCAGCGCAGAGAUACGUUCUAGGUCGAGACACAACGCUCAGUCUCUCGGUUGCGGGAACACCUUGCACAAAGCAGAAUGGCGCAAUACGCAUUAUACCCGGCAGUCAUCUAUGGGAUUACACUAUCGCACCACUCUCCUAUACUGACUUUCCAGAACAAUUUGCUCACGCAGAAAUGAUGCCUGGAGAUGCGUUGUUCCUGCUCGGUAGUGUUUACCAUGGCGCGGGAUCGAAUACGACAACACAUGAGGAACAGCUCGUCUAUGCGUCUUUUGCAACGAGAAGUCAUCUGAGACAAGAAGAGAGUCAUAUUAACGAACGGCUUGGAGAAUACAGAGGGGCUGACGCUAAGAGUUCAAUGGGUUGCGGGAUUCAAGACAUGUAAGCAGUACAUAGACUGAGUAAUCAUGCAAUCAGUCGUUGUAUGUUGAAGAAAUAUAAUCAUCUACUCU